AAUCGGUACUAAUCGGUACAGAGUAGUACGCUAAGCCGUGCCGACCGGCAAGCACACGAAUUGAUACAGUUUUUUUUUUCGCACGUAUUUAAUAAAAGUCAAUUACUUUUCGUCACACACUUAAUGCAAAAAGUUCACUUAUUUUUUUCUAAUUUUAAUAACACUAAAUAAAGAUGGAAAAGAUUGCUAAAUCCUUCAAAGACUUGCUAGAUGACAUUGCAAAAGAACAGAAGUUUGUUGACUACAAUGUGGACAUCAAGGAAAUAUCAAGCGGAGGAGCAAACUAUACGUCCAAGUUGUUCUCAGUGAGCAUCACGGAGGGAACCAGGACACUGCGACUGUUCUGCAAGGUGGCAGCCAUCGGAGAGCAGAUGCGAAUGCAGCUUGCAAAAAUAUACGAGACGGAACAUUUCUUCUACACAAAACUCGGGAAAAUAUACCGAAGCAUAGAGGAUCAGUGUGGAAUACCACAUAAACUGAAGCUGAACGUCAGCAAAUACUACGGAAGUAUCACGAAACUAAACGAAGAAGUCAUGGUGCUGGAGGACCUGGUGGCGGCCGGGUACGAGGCAUACGACAGGUUCAAGUCGAUAGACUGGCCGUACGCACAUGCAGCAGUCCGGGAGCUGGCCAAGUUCCACGCUUGCUCCUGGGCAUAUGCUAAACAGGAUCCCGAAGAGUUUGACGAAGUUAUGAAAAAAGUAAUGUUCGAUGUCGAAUUUAAUAACGAGAACAUGCAGGCUUUCAUGACCAGCAUGGUAAACAAGGCAAUCGACACAGUGCACGAUGAGAACAAAAGUAAACUGCAGAAAUACUUCGACAAUUUUGACGUAGAAUUGUAUACAGACAUUUUUAAAAGGAGCCGGCGACUGGUGCUGGGCCACGGGGACUUUAGACCAAGUAACUUGAUGCACAAGAACCUUGAUGAUGGAUCAGUGGUCAUCAAAGUCGUGGACCUCCAAACUCUGCAGGGCGGCAGUCCAGUCACCGACCUGAUCUACUUCAUCUUCACCGGCUCCGAUGAGAAGUUCCGUGCACGGUACUUUGACAAACUCCUGGACCACUACUAUUCAGAGCUCAGUGCUGCCAUGAAGAGGCUGCACCUCAACCCUGAGAAGACCUUCUCCCAGGAAGACUUCGACCAUGAAAUGAAAGAGAAGCUGCCGGUCGGCCUGAUGCUCGCCGCGUUCACCCUGCCGGUCGUGACAGUAGAGGUGGAGAACGCCCCCCAGGUGGACGAGUCCCUCGACAUCUCCAAGUUUAACUUAGAGAAGACCAGCGACCUGUACGCGGAGAGACUGAACGGAGUCGUCAACGACUACGUCAAGUGGGGGAUUCUUACAUAAUUGAUGAUAACUCCAUUAUCACAUUCAAAGUCAAAGUCAAAGUCAAAAUCAAAAUCAUUUAUUUCAAAUAGACCAGGAAAGCACUUUUGAACGUCAAAGCAAAUAUAAUAAUAUUAAUAACGUCUGUCUGUCGGUCGGUCAGUCCUCUAGUAAAGCUAUUUGCUCGUUCCAAAGUGUAGAUUCCUAUGGAGAAGAACGAGCAAGAAACUCCAUGCUGUAGGGAUCGAAGUUUUCAAUAAUUAUGUAAAUUGAUUUUUAAAAGAUGUUUCCAAAUAGAUAACUUCACUAAACCAUAGUCGUAUGUAUAGUUAAUAUUGAAAUGUGUAAACUCUUUACUGUGUUUAUAUAAAAUACUUAAUAACAAUGUGAUUGUAUUAAAUUUGUAAUAUUUAACAUUUUCUGUUUAACUUAGAAUAAGAAUAAGAAUAAGAAUAAAUUUAUUAACGAACUUCACAAUCAUCAUGGUCUUAUACUAUAUCAUAAUAAUAUGUUUAAUUUUGGUGUUGUCAUCGAGUGUGUCGGUAGCCCCCAAACUAGGAUAAUCCUGUAUCUUGGGGACUUGAGUUGAGACAUAUUGAGUACAUUAUUGAGUAGGACUAUUGAGUGAAUCUAAAUUACAGCGAAAUUGAUCAAUAUUAAAAUUAAAUUAUACAGAAUAACGUGUUAUUGUUAAAUUGAAUGUUUUCUGUUACCUGCAAUGUAAUAUUAAUGAUUUAUAAUUAGUUUUAGGAAAUUAACUGUACAGGGUUUCUUAUAAAUAAAACUAAAUUAUGUUA